AUGUCCCUACAGCUUCGCAUAAGCAGCUCCCAGGAAAAGCGCCCUGCUUACAGAGGCAACUCGCGUCGCUUACUUCGCUUGAGCGACAUUCCGGAAUCACCUGCGACAAUUGGAGCGACAUGCGAAGCAGUUGAAUCAGACGGCCGUGCAUGCCGUAAUGCGCUUCCCUCUGGAACGAGCGACCCGUGGUGCGACAGACACCUCGAAGAAUGGCAGGACCUGAACGCAAAAUGGAGCAAGACGCAGAAAGAAGCGGAAAGGAUUAUUGUGCUCAGUCUUGACGUUGCGAAACAAAAGGUUAUGAAGUUGCGCCAAUCCGUGGAGCUUAGGCGCCAGAUUCGGGAUCGGUUCUACCCUGGUGGCGGGGAUAUCACAGACUACAUCAAAUGGCUUGCAAAGCUAGAAGCCGAUGUUCGAGGGCUUGCAGACUCGUUGCUAAUGCAAAACUUGCAGCGCGGCCCGACCCCAGAAACCCCGGGAGUACAUACUGGCACCCCUCACCCCGAUAGGGUCAGUUUAGGAGAAACGAUCACCAUUCUUCGGUCACCGUUAGAUCCCCGGAUACCGAUCGACUCUCUCCAAGGGAUGCCUGAUGAUGGCACCAUUCUCGUCCUCAAACAUUUCUACCAGGAUUUGUGCGAGGCCAGUGUUCGACGACUGUACAGUAUAGUACCAGAUCUGGAUGACUCUCGCAAGCCUGCCAACUCGCCCGAACAGAAGAAGGAUCUACCUCCUCCUGAUAAUGGCACGGACAUCAUUCGCGCGUGGUUUCGCAUCAUGGUACUAAACGAUAGCGAGGCUUCCACUCUCGAGCACGCGACCAGAUCUAAGAGUAUUGACGACUUCUUGAUGGGAUGCUCAGCCAGUCAACUAGAGGAGUACUGUGACUACUUUGAGAAGGCAUGGCGUCCGAAUGCCGUGCAGUACCUUCGCGUAGCAAUUUGCGCCCAGACUCUUGCUGGUGGAGACAUCAAAACUAUACAGCUGCUCGGCGGUACUAUUCCAAGUACGACCGAAGGACUAAGAAUGACCAAGCCAUGCUGGGACAUACUCUAUCGUUGGUUCCCUACACUGCUCACACCCUGGUCACUCGCCAGUAUCUGUUCCAACUUCGAAGACUACACAACCAUCUGCAAACUGUUAAUGCUGAGGUUGUACAACGACCACUGGUACGACCCAGGUAGUAUACUGAGCGAAUGCUCAACCGGUGUCUAUAUGGGCUUCAUACCAACUAGCAAGGGAGACUUCACCGCCAGUGCAGGUCUCCGACAAGAAGGUCAACUGUGGGUGCAACGACAGUCACGUAACUAUCUGUGUGGCCAGAUGGCUAUCGGCGACCCUCUGACACAAGCAUUCCUCGACGAACUUCGAAAGCGUACUUCGUCAAUCUACUUGGUCGUUUACGAAGGCACACACGCGGACGCUACUGUACACCCAACUGAACCCGAUCUAUUCAUCAGUCGUCAUCGCUCAGCAUUGACGCUUGACGAGCUGGAAAGCGUCGACUACAGUACUACAUUGACACUGGAAGAGAUCAAGAACAACCUUCGAAUGAGAAAGACGACCAUGUACGAUCCGAUAGUGGUCGACUCCUGGCAGUUCAUCAUCAUCGAUCGCGAAGUGGGACUGCCCUUCCGAUUGAUCGACAUGGUGCAAGACACGCUCAUGAUGCUCAUUGGCGACCCUUCACCCCGACAAAUGGCAAAGCGCGUCAUCCGCGAAAUCAUACCACCUUCCGUUCAGGAGAUCUUCUUAGAAGAAAUUGCCAUCGACUGCACAGCAGAGUUGCGAUACCCACCGCCAGGCGAAGUUCAACACGAAGGCAAUAGGUGGCGAUGCUACGAUCCAGAUGUUAAAGUGCUUGCCGCAAAGCAAAAGAGGAUGACCCAACAACAAGUCUCACGGGACGACAAUCGCUUCAUCAGGCGCGUCAUCGAGGACAUGGAACGCUACGGCAUCGUCACUCUCUGCUCAGAAUUCGAAGAGCCACAGACCCGGCCGAUCAUCGUUCAAGCUUCUGACGGUGCACCCGAUCUCUACUUCCCUUACGAAAGCGGUACCACAGUCUCCGAGAGCGGACGCUCCCUAUCGCUCCCACUACCACCACCGACCUGCCUCCGAGACUUCGCAGAGAAAUACAAGGCAAAACACCCGAACGCCAUCAUGGCAAAAGGCUCAAUACAAACCCAUUACUGUGCCUGGCCCAUGCCCGCCAUCAAGAGUCUCGGCAAAAGCGGCCUCAACUUUGCCACAUGGGAAGGCCAUGUCUAUCGCUGGAACGCCAUGCCAUUCGACCGCCCCUCCUCCGCAAACGCAUGGCAGUACUACAUCCAACACUUCCUCAAUUCCAAAUACCCUUUCGUCAUGUUCUACCUCACCACUUUCGUAAUCUGCGCCACGGACCAAGAAGACGGCGAUCGCAAGGCCGCUACCAUACUCGAAGAGAUGGAAGAUAGGGGUUGGCGUGUCACGCUGCCCAGGACGUAUGAGUGGAGCAGCGAUAUUGAGACGCUGAAGUUGGAGAAGCUGUUCAAUGGUGUUACGCCCGCGUAG